AUGCGAGCGCAAGAUCCAAAGGGGCCAUGGGACUGCGUGGUCGCGGGUGUCUCGGACGCCUGCAACUUUAUCAAGCCCAUCAAGCUCCUUUACAAUAACCAAGAAGUGAGGCAGAACGCAGGCAACUGCUUUGUCCUCAACGGCUGGCUCUUCAUGGGGAGCUUGGUGUUCUAUAACUUGCUGCUUCGACCCAGCAUCCAGUUUGUGCUCGUGUACACAUGGAACGCCAACGAGCGGGAACAGAACCGUCUCCUCAGCGACGCGUCGCUCGUUGCUGUGGAGAAAGCGUUGUGGGUCGUGUUCAACGUUGCGUGGGUAUUCCCUCUCUUCUUCCUCGCAAAGGUCCUCAACUCCCUCUACUACCAGAAAGUCGCCAACAUCUCCUUCCGCGUCUUUCGCGGCGAAGCGCUCGCCGGUUACGACAAAAUCAGACAGCAGGAUAUUGUUGGGUGGCUCAGCCUCAACGUCGCUGACCUCAUCUACAGCUUCAUCAUGCAGACCAUCAUGGUCAUAGAGAUUGCGUUUCUGCCGCACGCGCCCUUUGGUCCCGUCCUCAGCUUCAUCUUCUCCUGCUGGAUCACAUCCCUCUACUGCUUUGAAUACGGCUGGAUCAACGCAGGAUGGUCGUUGAACAAGCGCAUCAAGUUCUUUGAGCGCCACUGGGCUUACUUCUUCGGCUUUGGCUUUCCCUUCACCAUCAUCACCUUCUUCUGGGAGUUUUUCGUCAGCACGGCCGUGUUUUCCAUGUUGUUCCCGCUCUAUGUGAUUAUGGCGACAGCAAACAACCCAAUACCAACGUCGAAGGAGCUGUCGCUGUACCGGUGGGCGCCAGAGUCUGUGCCCAUCUGCAGCCCUGCCCGCCAAAUCACAAACCGGCUCGUGCGCUUGCUGGGAACAGCACCUGCCACGUCCUCACCCUCCCCUGUACCUGCAGCAUCGCGAAGAUGA